AUGGCGCACACGCUCAUCCACGACGGCCAUCCAGAUAUCAUAGAGGCGAUGGUCCGACACUUGACCGACCUGGACACGCUGCUCGCCCUCCGGCGGACGUGUCGGGCGUUCCGGGCCGGCGUCGAUAGCGAGCUGUACGCCCAUGUCGAGCUGCACUCCCUCCCGCAGAGCUCACUGGGCGGCGGCCCACCAUCUGAGCCUGCGCUCGUGAUGACGCUGCCGUCUGAGACACACAUCAAGGUCCCACCCUACACGUCGCACACACCCCCCAAGGACGUCUCCAAGGUCCGCGCAAGGUUGGCGUUCCCCGUGUUACCUUUCAACCCGGCCGCAGUGAGAUCGCUCGACCUCGUAACAGUACAUGGCCUGAGCAUGUCCCAAGUUCACGCGUUUACGUCCUUGCAUACCCUGCGGACCGACUAUGGACUCGACAGUGGGGCGACAGCGUUCCAGCCCCACACGCUCGUGCACACCGUUUGGGUGGAGAACGGGGAGCGCCUCGUCCUUGCGCCGUCUGUCCGCCGUCUGGUGUUACAUGUGUCGUUUGUUGGGCCUAUAUGGCCCGAGGACCUGGUGCUGGCGUUUAGCUUCGUGCGCUACCCGACUGAGGAGACCACUUACCCCCAAGUAGCGGCGUGGCUCCUGGGUGCCCUGCUAUCGGGGCGCACAACAGCCAAACAAAUCACCAUCGUCGGCAUGGAGGUGCUCCUCGAACGCAAUGCCGAGAACUUCGCAACGUGGCUUCGGGACAACAGGGUACUCUUCACCGCAACGCUUGAUGGCGACCCACGUGUUGCACUCGCGCUUGUAGACGAGGUGCUGCGCCGGGCACGUUUCAUCUCGCGCGCACAAUGGCACCAAGAGCUCGGCGGUCGCAGGCUCACAGAAGGCUCCGUGUUGACCCCCAGGCAGGGGCCUUUGAUAUCGAAAGAGGCAACCAGAAUCUGGAUGAACCGACAGGCCACGUCUAUGGCCCGUCUGGGUGGACGCUAG